AUGGGCCUCCUCGGCCUGUCCCUCAUCGUCGCCUCCGUCGUCUACGUCAUCAUCCGUCCGCCACCAUGGCUCCCGCCCGCGCUCCUCUCGUGGCUACCGCGCGGCGCCGGCUCUCCGGCCGCCAAGAUCACCGACGCGCGCAAGUCGAAGAAGCCGCGUCCCUCUGCCCCUCCCCCUCCUCCGCCGACAUCGAUACCGACGAUAGCGGAGCCCCGUGAGGCGACCGACCGCGCGCCCAUGCCGCCGCCGCCGCCGAUAAUGGUGGUGCAGCCACCGCCGUCCGUCGCUGUUGAGCACGACGACGAGGAGCGGCAGCGACCCGAGUCUCCUACGACGCCGAAAGCAAAGGCCGCGCAGCCGUCACGCAGCAUGCCGCCGCCGCCGCCGCCGCCGCCGAGCUUCUCCCUCACGACCGAGUCGAUGCCGCCGCCACCUCGGCCGACCCCCUCCACAUCAUCUUCGUCCUCGUCCACGAUGCCUCCUCCGCCGCCGCCACCCUCCUCAUUGCGACCAUCACCAACCUCAUCCUCCGCGGCGCCCGCCCCUCGACCCCCGACUCUCAGCCAGUUCCCCGCCGCCAACUCCGCCCAGCGCGCCCGCGGACCCCUCCCCGACGGGCCGCCGAGGCACCGACGCGUGGAUGGCGCUCGGCGGGAGGGUGUACAACGUCACGCCGUACGCGCGCUUCCACCCGGGCGGCGUAGGGGAGCUGAUGCGCGGCGCGGGGCGCGACGGCACGAGGCUGUUCGCGGAGGUGCAUCCCUGGGUGAACUACGAGAACAUGCUGGCGGCAUGCCUGGUCGGCAUCCUGGUCGAGGAGCCCGCUGCGGGGGAUGA